UUAAUUCUGAUUCGUGUGCCGCCGCCGCCGGAGCGCUUAUUACUGCUGCACGUUAGCUAAAUGGCGAACCACCUGAAGUUCGUGGCUCGGACAGUGAUGGUCCAAAAUGGGAACGUGGACACGGCUUAUAAAACACUGAACAGGAUCCUGACGACCGACGGCAUCGUCGACGAGGCCAAGCGGAGGCGCUACUACGAGAAGCCGUGUCGCCGACGGCAACGGGAGAACUACGAGGCGUGCCGACGGAUCUACAGCAUGCAGAUGGGGGAGAAGAUCUCCUUCCUCAUGAGGAGGAACAGGCAGGACCCCUGGGCCGGCUGCUAGACCCCCCCCCCCCCCCGUAUAACAAGCACAGCGGAACCUUCCACAAACACUGGGAGAGCGCCCCCUACAGCACGGCUCACCAAACCUGGGUUUGUUUAGACCGGGGAUUCUUCAAAAGAACUGGGAUGGAAUUAAGACUCCCGUUGCUUCACAGUUUGAUCCACUCCUGGUUUUGACUGUGAGUUUAAUUGCAGGGUUGGUAACGAGACUCCCGUUGCUUCACAGUUUGAUCCACUCCUGGUUUUGACUGUGAGUUUAAUUGCAGGGUUGGUAACGAGACUCCCGUUGCUUGGCAGUUUGAUCCACUCCUGGUUUUGACUGUGAGUUUAAUUGCAGAGUUGGUAACGAGACUCCCGUUGCUUCACAGUUUGUCCACUCCUGGUUUUGACUGUGAGUUUAAUUGCAGGGGUGCUAACGAGACUCUUUCCACUCUGUGGUCUUUGUUCCAAACCCUGUUCUGAAUCGUUUAAUUAUUCACCCUGUUAGAUAAACCUCCGUCCCUCCAUCCAGACCCCCUGAAGGAGUUCCUGGUCUCAGAUGAUCAGACGCUGGCUGUGCAGUCGCUGUGUGUGUCUUUAAAGAUUACAUUCUGUGAUCUUCUCAUCUCAAUAAAAACUAUUGCUGUU